AUGCCUUCACGAACUCGAGUUCGAAAGCCAGACCCGCUGCCGUAUCCCACGCGACCCUAUUUGGCCUUGGGCUUGGAAGGCAGUGCGAACAAGCUCGGCGCUGGAAUCGUUCUGCACAAGCCUUUCGACCCGUCGGCACCGUCGUCUUCAUCGUCCUCACCUUCUUCCAUCUCCUCUCGCUCGGUGGGACAGGUCGAGAUUCUCUCCAAUGUGCGACACACGUACGUCACGCCCCCUGGCUCCGGCUUCCAGCCCAGCGACACCGCCAAACAUCACAAGGAGUGGAUCAUCCGCGUCAUCUCCGAAGCCGUGCGCCGCUCCGGACUCGAGUCGCUCGCCGAAGUCGACUGCAUCUGCUACACCAAAGGUCCCGGCAUGGGAGCUCCUCUUCAAAGCGUUGCCAUUGUAGCAAGGACGCUCGCGCUCAUGUACAAGAAGCCGCUUGUCGGCGUCAACCACUGCGUCGGCCACAUCGAGAUGGGAAGGACCAUCACUGGAGCGCACAACCCGGUCGUCCUCUACGUGUCCGGUGGCAACACUCAGGUGAUUGCAUACUCGGCACAGAGGUACCGCAUCUUUGGUGAGACGCUCGACAUCGCCGUUGGCAACUGCUUGGAUCGCUUCGCUCGAGUCAUUGGACUCAGCAACGAUCCCAGUCCAGGCCAGAACAUCGAGAAGGAGGCUAGGCGUGGCACCAGGCUCGUACCCCUUCCCUACACCACAAAGGGAAUGGAUGUCAGCCUUGCCGGAAUCCUGAGUGCCACCGAGGCAUAUACGCGCGACAAGCGCUUCAAGCCCAACGUCGAAUCGAGCGCAGACGCCGGCUUGCCUGUCGGCAGUCUUGCCAACGGCGAAGUGUGGACGGGCGAGGGAGGCGGAAAGCACAUCGUGAACAUGGCGGAAGGAUCCGCAUCCGCUGUCAAAGCGCAAAGCAAAACCGACGAGGAAGAUGCUGCCGCCGCACCCACCGACGCGGACGUCGACGUGUCACAAUCGGGCGUCGCACAGCUCGACUCGUCCGUCGACACCAUAACCGCCGCCGAUCUCUGCUUCUCGCUCCAGGAGCACAUCUUUUCGAUGCUCGUCGAAAUCACCGAACGUGCCAUGGCGCACAUCGGAUCCAAAGAGGUGCUUAUCGUCGGAGGCGUCGGCAGCAACCAGCGUCUCCAACACAUGAUGGGCGUCAUGGCCAGCGAGAGGGGUGGCAGCGUAUUUGCCACCGACGAAAGGUUUUGCAUCGACAACGGCAUCAUGAUCGCACACGCUGGUCUCUUGAGCCACCGCAUGGGAAUCGACACCAGCCUCGAGAAGAGCACCGUCACACAGCGCUUCAGAACGGAUACGCCUAACAUCGCCUGGCGAGCGUGA